AACACCAAAAUGGCUGCGCCCUUAACAGAAGUAACUACAUGGGUUUCCACAGGACAUUGAAUAAUUUACAUUAUUUGCUUCUGGAAACAUUACUAAAAUUUAACAUUGCGCCUACCUAAGUCAUUGUAUUAUUACUGGUAUAGGUAAUACUUUUUAUUAUCUAACUGAGGUAUAGUUUAGUAGUUUAGGCCAGGCAUAUCUAUUUUUACUACACUUAACUUUAACUUGACUUAACACUUACUUAAGAAGUUACUUACUAGAUACUUUGGUAAAAAAUUUAAACAUUUUGUAAAAAUAAACCAAUGGUAGGUACUUGGAUAAAAUUUUCAAAUUGAAUAAAUUAAAAAAUGAACACACCUGUAAGAUAGCUCUUGUUAAAUGAAGUAAUAAUAUGUUUUCAUUUUUCAUGUAGCACUUUUGGUUAAAAAGUUAUGAUUUUUUUCGCGAAGUGGAUGCGUACACCGCGGCGGUGUACCUAGCAAAACCAUCGGCUUUGGCCUGCGUAAACCGCGGCGGUGUAUCUAGCGAAAUCGUGGGCUUUGGCCUGGGUACACCGCGGCAAAAAUGUACCAUUGGUCUUCUUUUAAGAUAUACUUGUAUUUGCAGAUCUUGUGUGGUCAAGUGGUAGAGUGGACGCUUGGCGUUAAUAUAUUUCGAGAUCAAUUCCCAGUAGGGGAUCGAGUUUUUGUUCCUCCUAUUUUAGUUUUAAAAUAUUUUGUAGCAAAUUAAACAAUUUAAACAUAUUUUUAAAUAUUGUAUUAUAUUAUAUAUAUAUAUAUAUAUAUAUAUUAUAGUGUUUCAACAAGUUGUGCCGGCCUUUGACUUUGAAAAUACCGGUAAAUUUAGUAAUAAGACAUUUAGACAUUAGAAAAUAAACUUAAAGUUUCUGAAAGCGCAUGUAUAGUGUAUGUAACAUGUAUAACAGAAACAUUUUGAAUACUAAGUGAUAUCCUAUUGUAUUUCAACAAUCUUCGUGUAGUUGAAUAUUUACAUUUUACUUUUACGAACACCCAAAGAAAAUACCAGUAUAUCAUUAAUAUCAUAUGAGUAUGAAUAUUAAUGUCAUUAUUGUGCAUGGUCGUAUUUCAACCUUGAACCAUCUUGCUUUCGUCUUGCCUUAUGCAUUGGCAAAAUGUACACACGAUAUCAAAGGUUCAUUCACAACACUCAGUUUCACAGCAAAUCUUUUGAAAACACCUCGAUUUUAGAAACUUAUGUCUAUAGCAAAGCCAUAGGAAUAGGAAGUACUGUACUAUGUGAAGAAUAUGUCUAUUACUUACUAUUACUAUUAUUAUUAACUAAUAUUAAUUACUAGGACUAGGAGAAAUUCUCCAUGGAGAAACAUGUCACGAAUAUAUGCAGAUCAGCAUAUAACGAAAUUAGAAAAAUCAGCACCAUUAGACACCUCCUCUCCUUUGAUGCCACAAAACUCUCGUCUCUUCACUCAUUCUUUCAAAAUUUGACUACUGUAACAUUCUUCUCUCAGGCAUUCCUCAACACCACAUAGAAAAACUUCAGAAGGCACAGAACUCAGCAUGCAGACUCAUUUUUAACGCUUGGCGUUAAUAUAUUUCGAGAUCAAUUCCCAGUAGGGGAUCGAGUUUUUGUUCCUCCUAUUUUAGUUUUAAAAUAUUUUGUAGCAAAUUAAACAAUUUAAACAUAUUUUUAAAUAUUGUAUUAUAUUAUAUAUAUAUAUAUAUAUAUAUAUUAUAGUGUUUCAACAAGUUGUGCCGGCCUUUGACUUUGAAAAUACCGGUAAAUUUAGUAAUAAGACAUUUAGACAUUAGAAAAUAAACUUAAAGUUUCUGAAAGCGCAUGUAUAGUGUAUGUAACAUGUAUAACAGAAACAUUUUGAAUACUAAGUGAUAUCCUAUUGUAUUUCAACAAUCUUCGUGUAGUUGAAUAUUUACAUUUUACUUUUACGAACACCCAAAGAAAAUACCAGUAUAUCAUUAAUAUCAUAUGAGUAUGAAUAUUAAUGUCAUUAUUGUGCAUGGUCGUAUUUCAACCUUGAACCAUCUUGCUUUCGUCUUGCCUUAUGCAUUGGCAAAAUGUACACACGAUAUCAAAGGUUCAUUCACAACACUCAGUUUCACAGCAAAUCUUUUGAAAACACCUUGAUUUUAGAAACUUACGUCUAUAGCAAAGCCAUAGGAAUAGUUCUGCGUUUACCCUUUUCAUGACGGACUUUGUUUCCAGAAUGGCAUGGCGGCAUGUGCUAUUCUCAGGGUAAAACACGACGUUUUCUCACAGAAACCAUUGCACAUUGGGCUUGGGACAGGAUCUGCGCUAUGUCAAAGUUUUUGUAUUUGUUGUUUUUUUGUUAAGAAAUCGAUCCUUGCCGGUGGGGGGGGGGUGAGUUAUGGGCAGAGGCUUAACCAAAAAAAGGGCCUACACAAUCCACGGCUCUGGAUAAGGGUUGUCCCCAAAGGACGUCCGCACAACAAACUUACCUUUUGCAUCACCCCCCCCUCCGCCGGCAUUAUUUACUAACGUGUAAUGCCAAUGUAAAAUUUAAAUCAAUGAUAUUUAAUUAUUGUUAAAAGACUUUAAAAAUCACUGCAGUGUUUCGUAUUUAUCAUCAUACUAUUGUUUUGUGUUGACACAUGCUUGGUAUCACAAUGACAAUGCCUCGGACAACUUUAACUUCACGACUUCAUGAUCAAUGUAUGACCAUGUGAUUCUUUUCCCGUAGUGUAUUUGUGUCGUAAUUAUAUCUUGGUGCUAACAAAAUAGAUUCACUGGCUUUCUCAUUCAUUUUUACACCACGCCCCGAGGGAUCACAUACAAUGUUAUAUUUAUAAUGCCCCCCCCCCCCAAACAAAUUAGCUACCCUUUUUAUGCCUAUUAAGAUUCACAAUCAUAUGAUAAAACUUACAAUACAUAAAUAUAUUUGUAUUUCAAUAUAUUGGGGAGGGAAGGGGGGGGGGAGAAUAAAGUGGUUACCUUCAAAAAUAAAUCAUGGUUUAACAUUACACUUCCAAAAAAAAAUAAGAAGAAAUGCUCUACAAGUACUUUGCCACAUAAGCGUGGAACUUAAUCAAUAUCCUCCUCCCAUAGUACUAAACGAUUUUUAAAUAAAUAGAUUUCAGUUUUAACACGAGUAUAACAUUAAAUCUACAAGUACCGGUUAGGCCAAAAAGUUAAAGACUCCCAAAGACCAUAGUUUUGCUACUUAAAAUCGCUGCGGUGUACGCAGGCCACAGACCAUGAUUUAGCUAGGUACACCGCCGCGGUGUACGCAGGCCAAAGUCAAUAGUUUCGCUAGGUACACCGCCGCGGUGAAUAAAAACUCACUUUUUUUAACAUAGACAUUUGUGACCUCUUUUCAAAAAUUUUUCACGAAAAGGCUGAUAACUUUACAGCAGAGUGAACAAAUAUUAUGAAACUUUCCAGAAGUGUUCAUCAUUAUAUUAUCAACAUCUUUGUUGCUUUAAAAACUAAAAAAAAUUAAAUAGAAUAUUUUUUAAAUAUUUUUUAAUGUCAUAAAAAAAACUUUAAAAAAAAACUUUAAAAAAUAAUCUAAAAAAAAUUAAGACCAAACGUAAUUUAGUUUAAAACAGGAAAUAUAACAGAGGCAAUUUUACAAUAAAAAUUAUGAUUUAGUUUUAAAUGGAGCAAUAUCUGAUAAAAUAUUAGUUAAUAUGUCUAUUAUUGUAUAGAUAUUACAAUAAAACCUAAUAUUAAUUAAGAUGGAACUUGAUUGCUUUAAGCAUUAUAAAAUUUCUUGGGCUUUCUUAUCUGUCAACCAUUGUUAAAUAAUACUGUUUCCGGUUUGUCACUUUCAUUUUCGGCCAUUUUUUUUUUUUUUUCAAUUUUUAGACCAGUUCUGGCCAAAAAAAACAUUGUUAUGGCCAUCUUUGAGACUUGAAAUUUUACAUGGUCAUUUUUGAUACAAUAAAAUAACAAUGUUUUUGUGGUCUUAGAGACUUGAAAUUUUACAUGGUCAUUUUUUAUACAAUUUUACAGGUACACCAGGUCGAUUUAAAAUGGGACAAGGAAUAGUUUUCAAAAUAUUGAUAAAUUUAACUUGGCUGCUUUCUCACAUUUUUUUUUAUUUACGACAUACUGAUAUUACUGAAAACAAAAUGGAUGUCGUUAAAGCUCGUUCAUUAACGUAACUAGAACAGUAAUUCGUUCGUUGAUCCGACGUUUGUAGCGCGAAAAAAUAAUUUUUUAGUGAACCCUAUCAUCCAGCACACCCAAAAAAGCGUCUCAAAAUCCUAUGGGCCGCGAUUGCGUCAAAAUAGCCUCAUAUCCAAGUACCUACCAAUGGCAUAGUUGAAUAGCGCUAAUUUUUUACAGAAUUGUAACACCAAAAUCAUAUUUUUAGCUGUUGUAGUUUUAAAGUUAUGAAUAUUUUUAAAGUACUACUUGGUUUGUUCUUUUUUAAGUUAACCUGGACUGUGAUCUCAUUCCGCUGUGACCUCAUUCCGCUGAUCGCGUCAUGCGCAAUGACUAUAUAUUUUAUAUAAGAUCCAGACUUUAUCAGCACCAGCACAACGGCUGCUGAAUUUUAUACAAAGAAAAAAAAAAAUAAACUAAUCUUUUUUAAAAUUGUAUGUAUAUCUUUCAUAAAAUUAUAAUAAUUACAUAAUUUCUUCCAAAUAGUUACACUUCCUUAACUUAUAAUUUCCCGUUCUUGUGUAUCUCCUCUUAUGAAUGAAACUCUGAGAUAGUACUACGAUAUAGCCGUUAUGCAAGUGGCUGUGAAUGGUUGCCAAUGACAACGUGUUGCACAUAGAAAAUUCUGAUCAUUUAUGAUAUGGACUCUACUGGGUUUUUAAAGCUCAAAUUAAAACAUUCCAUUUUAAAUGUCUUUAAAAUGCAUUCUGAAACACAAGUUAUCAAAUAUUUUGAUGUAUAUAGUGGUAAUAAUUAAAUAUUUCCUAAGUAUCGGCAACUUCCGCCAUUAAAAAGAGGGCGUGGCCCACGCCAUAUCGAAAUUAGGCUGAUGUGACCUUAUGGUGAUAUGGGUCACUGUGACAAGCGUAACAAACGUGGGACACGACCUACAUCAAUGAGAAUUGGCACAGAUAUAUAUCAAUAUCUAAUGCUUAUACAGAUUUAAUCAAAAAGGGCCUUAUCUUACUAUUUCACAAAAAAUUUUGUAUGCGAAGAUGCAUUAUAUAUACCAAAGAUUUUCAAAAUAAAAGUCGAUUGAAAAAAGCAAAAUAGCUGUAUGGAAAUGUAGGCCAAGAUGUCUUCCAAAUUAUAAGGCCGGAAACGGAACUCAAAUAUAUGUCGAAAGAACUCAUUUAAUAAUAAAUAGACAAACACAUAGGAAAAUUAAAAACUCGGAUUUUUUGGCGCCGACGCCCAUUUCCGAUACACAAAAAGUAGUAGUCUCCCUUGUUUCAUCGAAAUAUCUAGGCUUACACUUACUCUUACACUGUUCUACUGAACUGAAUACUGAACAACUGUUGAGUGUAGUGUAGGUGUAAUUAUAAUUUAAUACUUAUGUGAAAGUUUUUUGUACUGAUGAAGGCAUUUGUCGAAAUGCCUACAUUUGUAUUCUGUAUAACCAUUUUAAUGCUUAAUAUAUCUUUUUUUGUUUGCACAAAUUGUUUGUGUCUAAUUAAUUGGUAAAUGUGGUAAAUGUGCCGCCAUCUUGGUUGCUAUGACCAGUAACCUUUUAAUGGUCAGCUUUUUAAAUACAUUUAAUAAGGAAAAUUCUAACGAUUUUUCAAAAGAAUGUGCGGAAUGUUAACAAAAAAUAAAUGUAUAUUUUGUGGCUUUAUUUAGAAGAACUCAUGUUCCCUGUAAAUAUUAUAUUUUUGUCUCAUAAAGCUAUAGUCGUAAAAACAAAAGCAAAAUAAGGGUCACAACAGUUUUCAUCAAAAUGCCUAACCAAUGCGGCAUGUCAAUUAUCAAUUAUUGUUAAAUUACAUGAACAAUGUGUGUGUUAUAUUUGCUGUACUUCACUGAGCAUUACUCCCAUCAUAAACUAAAUCUGUUCGAAAUAUUAAAAGGAAACUUUCCAUUAAUUUUUAUUAAAAUUCAACAUACCGGUAGACUUAAAAAAGAAACACAUUGUUGCUGAAACCCCAAGACCGGGGAAAAUAAAAAACGCAUGCUAAAAGUACUGUCGUUUGAUUAGUUGAAAAUCCAAGUACCUUUGUGCUAAAACCUACUUAAUUUGUAUCAGAAAUGGGUGUCGUCACAAUAUUUAAGGAAAUAUUAAAUUAUUUCCACUAUAUACACUGAAAUAUUUGAUAACUAGUGUUUCAGAACUUGUGGAGAGACCCCUCGCCACACUUUUAAUACCAAAAUAAUAAUAAAGAAAAAAAAUCUCCUGAGGAGGGGAGUAUUUGACAAGUCUGUCAAACAAAAUCCAAACAAAAUAUUGUACAUGUACAUGGUCACCAUUUUGAAUGUCUUGCUUUUACUAAGCGUUCCUUGUUAUUAGCCUUGAAACAAUAGUUCAAUAUGAAUAUUAAAAGUUGAGGUUUGAAAUCAAGACCUUAAGGCUGUGAGGCCAUUUUUAUAACAUUCAUCACCAUUGAGUCCAUUGCAUGUGCCACCAUCAUGUUUAUGCCUUUACUUUUACAUAUAUUGGGGAACAAUAGAGAUGAUCUCUAUUGGUCCAAUUUGAUCAAAAAGAAGUUUUUAAUAUAUAAUUACAUUGUUUAUAAAUAAGACUUUAAAUUUACAUUUGUCUGUUUUUUAAAAUUUAUGUAUUGUUUUGAUCAGUUCACUAUGGCAAGUCGGUACACCUUGAGACUCUUUAACAAAUCAAAGAAUGUGGUUGGGAUGGGUCAGCGUGUCUUCAAAUAUUUUAAUGCACCAGUGACGGAGCUGAAAAAUUGUUUGAUUGUUUGUGUUCGCUACAAGUCUAAAAAGUCAAAGGAUACAUUGUCCUCUGUGAUCCAGCCAUUGGCUGUACUACCUACAUCUAAAAAUGAUGACAUAAAUAUAGGAGAAGAGCUGACAGGAACUUUAAGAAAAGGUUAUAAAAUAUUUUCAUACAUGUUAUCCAAUCAUUUAUUGUUUUUUAAAGUUACCAUCAUCCACUCAUCACAGUUUAAAAAUAUGCUCCCCUAAGGAAUAUUUGUAAAAAUCCACAACUAGUAAACUACUAAAUGCACAGACUUCUAAACAUAGAUUCCAUGCCUCCUAUAUGUGGCAGACAACAGCAUUCUUCGAAAUGUAGAGAUCAUUCCUUAUAUGCAUGUGUAUAUUUGGGUACAGCAUUUUACAUAUGAUGCAAAUCAUUUCUGAAUUUAGUUACCAGUAUUCAAUGUAGAUAGCAGCUCUUUCAUGCUUAAAGAAUAUUGGUAAGACAAAGUUACUUACAGAAUUAAUAUUAUCUGUAUUCUCUCUUUUUUAGAAAACCUUUUGAAACUGCUUACUCAAUUUCACAGUCGUGAAGAAGUGAAAAAGCUUGCCUUUGAAAAUGGAUUAGAUAGUAAGUAUUUUGUUACCGCACACACAAAAUUAAAACUAUUUAAUCACACCUGAUCUAACUUUCCUUUCAUAGUAAGCAUACAAAUUUAAGAUCUAUACAUAAUUAUUCCCAUUUAUUUAUUUAUUUUUUUCAGAUAAUUUAUUUUACAAGGCAUACAUUAGUUUCAGAAAUUUCUGUGUCAAAUCAGAACAGUUACCAGUAGAUCUCCAUAUUGUUUUCAGUGAUAUCCUACAAGGUUCAGGUGAGUCAGCAAAUAUGAUUAUUUUAUUUUCUCCUCAAUCUUGUUAAACACAUAUGUUCUUAAAUUCAUUUAAAAUCUUUGUUGUUUCUUGUCUAAAUAUUCUUUUGAUUGUCCUGUCUUUUUCAUUGUAUGCCAUAUCAUUUCUUGUUCCGCUAUUUCCUGGAUAUCUGUGACAGAGUUAAGCACUUGUAUAAUGACACUUUUAAACAACAUAAAAAAAAAAAGCAACAAGCAAAGAAAUUAUGCAUCUGUAAUAUAUAAACAUUUGUAUUUUCAGAUGAGUUCAUUUCAUUUUUAUUACACUUUGUAUCAAGAUUAUGGAAUAAGGGCCUUGUUUUGCUUACUAUCGUCACAGGUCAUGUUGAUGACAUUUUCCCCUACUUUCUAAAGCACUGCUAUGAAAUUUUUCCUCAUUUGGAAUCAAUGGAGGAUUUGAAGAAAAUAAGUGAUCUUCGUUUUCCUGCCAACUGGUAAUAACCACGCUAGGAAUUUUGCUUGCAAUUAUGAAAAAGUUGUUCCAGAAAAUUAAUCAACAAAAAAGUAUAAACUAAUCAAAAUAGACCAUAAAAAUGAUUUAAAAUAUAAUUAACAGUAUAGAAACUCUUUAAAAAAGAACAAAUGGAUUAUACUUUGAAAGGGGGCAUAUUUGUUCUUAAGUUAACUUUAUAAAUUAAUUAAUAAUGCUGUUUUACAAACUAUUUUCUUUAGGUACCCAGAAGCCCGCUCUAUUCAGAGAAAGUUUAUUUUCCAUGCCGGCCCAACAAAUAGCGGGAAGACCUACCAUGCCUUGGAAAGAUUUAUAACGGCUAAAUCAGGCAUAUAUUGUGGUCCGUUAAAACUGUUAGCUUCUGAAGUGUACCACAAAUGUAACGAGGCUGUAAGUUUAUUUUAAUAUGAGAAUGUAAUGAGGCUGUAAGUUUACUUUAAUAUGAGAAUGUAAUGAGGCUGUAAGUUUACUUUAAUAUGAGAAUGUAAUGAGGCUGUAAGUUUACUUUAAUAUGAGAAUAUUAUGAGGCUGUAAGUUUUUUUAAUAUGGAAUUUAAUGAGGCUGUAAGUUUACUUUCAUAUGAGACAAAACAUUUUUAAGUGUUAACGAUACAGAAUUUGACAUAUAACAAAAUUGUAUAAUGUGCCAGUCAACAGUGCAAAAAUCAGGCCAGAAGGUUGUACACCUUUUCACAACUAUGCUAACAACUUUGGCACAGUUAGUAUCUAAAUGCCUACAUAAGUAUUAAUACUUUUAAGAUUCUCCUGAAUGAGUUGCUCCAAUUUUUAGAAUUGUUACAUAUUACAAAAGAAACUACCUCUUAUGGAGAAAAGUUGGUUAUGCCCUAGUUUGUUAAUUUAUAAUAUAAACACAAUUUAUUGAUAAAUUAAAAAAUUGUUAAAAGAUUCUAUUGAUAAUUUUGGUCUAAUAAUUUAAAAAGAAGAAAUAGUCUAAAUUGUUUACCUCCUUUGGGAAUUACCUAAAAAGAUAUAUAUAAAAAAAGAUUGCUGCAGAUCGGUUACCGGACAUUUGUUUGAAAGAAAUUUCGUUGACGCAAAUUUGAUUGAACGGAAAUUUGGUCGAAUUCUUUUUUCAGUCCACACGAUCUAAUUUUGUGUCAAAUUUCUUUUUGAACGCACUAUACUAUAUAGUAAUACAAAAUAAUGCGUUCAAAUAGAAAUUUGAUAACUGCAGAUCAGUACCUUGAUUUACAUACAAAUAAUUUCAUUUCUCACUGUGAAAUGAAUACCAUAUUAUUUCAGGGUACACUAUGUGACCUUGUUACAGGAGAGGAGAGGAGAUUUGCCUGUGAAGAUAACACUCAGUCUGCUCAUGUCGCUUGUACAGUAGAGAUGGCGAGUUUAACCACACCAUGUUAGUUUGAUUUAACCUGGCUUUUCAAGUUGUAUUUUUCUCUAUUGAAUGUUAUUUUAUAAAGCAGGAUAAACAGACUAUCAUGAUGCUUGAUUUUUGUGUGAUUAACAAUCUUUAAAGGGUGUCUCCCUGCAAUGUGGAUUCAUUAAAAUUACUAUUGUUACAAACGGGAAAUUGCCAGUUCAAUACCUUCAUUGUGUAGGGUUAAUUUAGUUACUAAAAAACCAAUGUUUUAUGGAACAAACUUUUAUUAAAUGUAUAACUCUGAAAAUCUAACUCUCCAUCACUGCUAUCAUUCCAAAACCAUAAUAACAUCCACAAUAUCAUUUCCCCUUACCCAAAUACAUCAUAAAAUCCCAGCAUAUAGCAACAGCUACACUAAUACUCUCUGAGCCAAACACACAAUCACAAAACCUCUCAUGAUCAACAACUUUCCAUAUAAAACAUUCACGCCCUUAAAUCUAGUUCACAACUGUAUCCGUUUAAAAAAAAUAAUUCUUUUCAAAAUGUAGGUUCGUAUUCAAUGUAAACCUUUAAGAUUAGCAACAUUUGAUCAAGCAGCAUUAUUUCAGAAGCCCAAAAUGUGUCUUAUGCUUUCACUUCAGGGUUAAAAUUUAUUUCAUUGCUUGAAGACUUGAAAAAUAAAACUGUAAACAUUAAAUUAUACAUGUUUUCUCUGGAGUAAGGGAAUGUCUUGCAAUGUUAAUUAUUUUGUAUAAAAUAGCAUUUGAGAUUAAAUAAUAUUUCAAGAUUUAAUUGUUUGAUAAUAAUAAAUAAAGCACUCAUAUAAGUGAAAUUACAAAAAAUAUAUUUGGUCAAUUGUAUCCCUUUAUCCAGAUGAAGUAGCAGUUAUUGAUGAGAUACAAAUGAUCCGAGACCAACAACGUGGAUGGGCAUGGACCAGAGCUGUUCUCGGGUUGUAUGCCAAAGAAAUUCAUGUCUGUGGUGAAGUCUCAACUAUUGACCUCAUAAAGGAGAUGGCACUGACUACAGGAGAGGAAGUUGAGGUGCAAUUCAUAGUUAUUUUAAUUUUUUGCCUUUCUAAGUUUGAAUCUGGAUAAUUUUGUUUUUGUUGUUUUUGUUACAAUAAAAGAUAAGAAGAAAGAAGAUUAUUGCUACAAGCAAGAAAUAAAGAUAAUCAAGUUUCUCCCUUUUCAGGUGCGCAAAUAUAAAAGACUUACCAAUCUAACAUUUUUGGAUUAUGCAGUAGGUAUGUUGAUUUUGGUGGGGCUGUGUCAGUAGUGGGCUCAAGAAGCAAAUAUAGUUUAAUAGUUCAUAGUAUAUAAAUAUAUACUAAAUAUUUAAAUAGUAUAAUGAUUUUAGAUGAUGCAUAUAAUUUAAUUUCUGAAUCACUAUUUUGAAUGCAGGUAAAUUUGAAAACGUCCGUCCCGGUGACUGUAUAGUAUGUUUCAGCAAAAAUGACAUCUACUACGUAACGCGGCAGCUAGAACAGCUGGGAAGGGAGUGUGCCGUCAUCUAUGGAUCUCUACCACCAUGUUAGUAAAUAACUGCUUUUUCUCAAAAAAUCCGUGUGUUGGGUUGUAUCCAUUAUGUUAUGAAAUAUUAUCGCAGUUCUUAUAUGAAAUUAAAAUGUUUCUUUCUCGGGCCAGCCGUAUAUUACACAUGAAAAUUCUUCCCUUAUUCCACCUCCCUUUUUUCAUCCUGUAAAUUGUUUGAUUCUACUAUUCAUGAGCUAAUACACUCUUAAAUAUCAGUAGUUAUUUUCCACAUUUAUAGAAAUAUAUUAUGCAUGCUGUCAUUAUCUUUAUCUCUGGCUACUGAACCACCAUCAAAUUCAGAUUCUUUAGCCAGUUCUUGUAAUUCUGGGUGUGGUAAAUGAAAUAAGUGAUCAAGACAAAUGGAGGCUCAGGUACUAAACAGAACGCUAUAUGAGGUCACUCUAUAUUUGUCAUCUCAGAAUGCUAUUUACUGUAUGAAUGACAAUGAUGUUCUCUGUCUACAGCCACAAAGCUCGCCCAGUCUGCCAAGUUUAAUGACACCAACAAUGCCUGUAAAGUCAUGGUGGCUACUGAUGCCAUAGGCAUGGGCUUAAACCUGUGAGUUAAAAAAAUUCAUUUUUAUACAGACACUAAACAUGUUUUAAUCUUAAAGAUCUAAUCUGAUUAUUUGAGAUGAUUAAAGUCAUUGAAUUGACUUAUUUAAAAAAAAACAAAAAACUUCCUUUUUCUCUUCUCUCUGGGAAAAGUGGAAAAAAAAAAGAAAAUUUAAAAAUACCUGAUAAUUAUAUUGGAUUAAACAAAAAUUAUAUUUAAUUGUAUUAGAUCAUUCUAAUAAGGUCAGCAACCUAUAGCAUACAUGUCUGGUGUGGCAUGCAGAGCGAUUUUAAAUGGCAUUCUAACGACCAAAGAAAAAAAUAACUUGUCAGGUAAGGGAUUUUUUGCACACUGAAUGAAGUGGAAAUUCUUGGCAUGAUAUUAACAAAAGAUUGCCACACAACUGUCUACUUGCUCAAUUUAUCUCACCCUCAGGAUUGGAAAAAACCAACAAACUUCAGAGAAGAAAUCUUGAACUAAUUCAUGAGUUUUAUAAGUAUGUCAUUACUUAAAAGAAAAAAAUAUGACUGUGAAUCGCAUGGAACGCAAGGAGACCAAAUUAACAGAUGCAAACAUUAUAAAAUAGGGGGUUGAGGUUAGGAAAGUGGGCGCUUUACUAGAAAUGUUCAAAUGGAACUUACUGACAUGCAAAGUCUAAAUUUAAUGUAGAGGGCUUAACAUUACUAAAGAUCUACCAAUUUCUUUUUUUUUGGGUCAGAGAUUUAAAAAUAUGGUCAGUUCUUGCGACAUAACAUUGACAUUGAUGUCGAGUAAUAUUUAUAUGAGUUGAAAGCUUUUCUAAAAAUUGAAAUACAUGAAGAGCAAGUGGAGCUAAUUGAUAACUUUGAAAUGACUAUACCUGGCAUCAGCCAGUUUGUUGCCUAAUGUUAAGACUUUCACAUGCGAAAUGCAUUAAGUCUGACCCUUAUUUGUAUGACUAAAAUACUUCAGAGGUGCUGGGUGGCCAAGUGGACUAAACUGAGCAUAUGUCAAGUUGGUGGUCUGGAGUUCCAUUUAAGAGAUGGAAACUCUGAACUCUAACCCGGAGAUGGAGUCCCGAAAGGCGGAUAACAUUGAUACAAUGAAACAUUCCGACAACUCCUGCGACAUCACUGGUGCCAAGCUGUAUCAUCCAAUGAUGUUCCCUUGGGUUAUCCAGCGGCGUCACAUUGUGACGGACGGAUGCCAGCAAAAAUACUUCAAUACAUUUAGAUUGUUUAAUUUAGAUAAAAUUUAGUUUGUUACUGAAAGACAAUACAAAAGAUAAAGAAAAUGUUACUGGAAACUUAUUAUUGGCUGAAAUAAAUGCCCUAACUGCCAGCUCAGAACUGAAAAAUGCAGCAAAUACUUGAUCUCUUUGCUAAAGCCUGCAACAGCUAUAGGCCUGGCUAUCAAUACAAAAAAAAUCAAAGAUCUUGAACCAGUUAUCUACAGGAAAGUCUACAAAAAUCUAACAUUUCAGAAAAGGGGCAGAAUCUCCAAGCAGUAGAAAAAUUUAGAUAUUUAGGUAGCACCCUCUGAAGGUCAAUAAAAAUAGAUAAUGAGAUCAGCAGUAGAAUUUCCAAAGUGAAUAUCGCAUUAGGAAGGCUCCACGUGAAUGUCUGGUAGCAAAGGGGGCUCAGUCUUGUCACUGAACUGAAAGUAUAUAGGACAAUCAUAUAAAGAACUCUCCUAUUUCCAGUGAGAUGUGGACAGAUAUGCUAGAAAACUAAGCCAUCUCCACUUACAAAGGUUCUGAUAAAGAAGUGCUCCAAAAGACUGGCUUUAACAGUAUCCAUAUGUUCUUACAAAGAGAAAAGCCAAAUGGCCAGGACAUGUUGCGAGAAGCCAGACAGCAGACUGCCUAAACAACUAAUGUCCUGUGAACUUUAUAGAGGGAAACACUCAGCUGUUGGACAGAAAAAAAAGGCUCUAAAUAUUGUCUCAAAGUGUCCAUCAAAUCCAUGGACAUCUACCUGAAUUCAUGGUAAACACUUGAUAUGGAUCACACAAACUAGCAACAAAGAUUCACGGUUGGAGCACAAUCCUCAGAGAGUAAAUGCCCACAGAAAGCACACAGCAAGGAAAAGUAGCAUUACAUCCUAUCCCUCCAGACCCCAAAACAUAAUAUGUGUCCAACUGCGGGCAAGCUUUCCAGGAAUAAAUUAGACUCCAAGCCACUUGUUUACUGACCAUAGCCUUGAUCAUCUUCGCAUUCCAAGGAUGAACAAUGCUUAAAGUUUUUUGUUUAUUAUUAGUUUUAACUUAAUUUAUAUUAAAUUAUUUAAAUAUACCCCUCCUUAAUUAGGUUACCCGCCGCAUACAUGUUGAUCAUUUAUUUUCAUCAUUCAGGAAAGAUAUAUUUUAAUUUUUGUGUGUGUUGAUUUUUCAUUUUAAAUGAUAGGGCUAUUAAACGGGUUGUCUUCUAUUCUGUGAUGAAACCAAUGUUAAAUGAAAAAGGUGAGAGGGAAAUGGACCUCAUCUCAACGUCUCAGGCAUUGCAGAUAGCUGGUAGAGCUGGGCGAUUCAACACAGCUUAUGAACAUGGAGAAGUAACAACAUUUUAUCCCAAAGAUCUGAAAAUUCUUCAAGACAUUUUAAAUCAGCCUAUUGAACCAAUCAUGGUAGGUAGCAUUUGUUUCUAAAUCAGCCUAUUGAACCAAUCAUGGUAGGUAGCAUUUGUUUCUAGAUCAGCCUAUUGAACCAAUCAUGGUAGGUAGCAUUUGUUUCUAGAUCAGCCUAUUGAACCAAUCAUGGUAGGUAGCAUUUGUUUCUAGAUCAGCCUAUUGAACCAAUCAUGGUAGGUAGCAUUUGUUUCUAGAUCAGCCUAUUGAACCAAUCAUGGUAGGUAGCAUUUGUUUCUAGAUCAGCCUAUUGAACCAAUCAUGGUAGGUAGCAUUUGUUUCUAGAUCAGCCUAUUGAACCAAUCAUGGUAGGUAGCAUUUGUUUCUAGAUCAGCCUAUUGAACCAAUCAUGGUAGGUAGCAUUUGUUUCUAGAUCAGCCUAUUGAACCAAUCAUGGUAGGUAGCAUUUGUUUCUAGAUCAGCCUAUUGAACCAAUCAUGGUAGGUAGCAUUUAUUUCUAGUCAUUUUGGUUAAAGCCUGAGACAAAUUGCCUUUAGAUUUUCCAGAAACUAUGCACAAUACAAUUUUAUGAAGCAAAAUAAUUAUUAAGGUCACAUGUCUUUUUGUGUUGCUUUGCCAUUAAAAAUGGGAAAUGUAUCAAUUUCAGCAAGGCGGUCUCCAUCCAACUGCUGAUCAGAUUGAAUUAUUUGCCUACCACCUUCCUAAAGCCUCACUCUCCAACCUCAUUGUGCGUAGGUUUGCAAUUUUAGAUAUAUAAAGAUAAUUUUUAGUGGUCCAUUUUAUUCACAUUAAGUAGAGUUUAUAAUGGGGUCAAUCUUUGUUAAUUUUUCAUCUCAGAUCUUCAACAUAGAACACAGAAUGGCAAUGAUAUUUGUUGCCGUUCCUGUGAUAGAGCAGAGAAGGCAAUUAUGAUAUUUGUUUGCAUGUUCUGUGAUGGUCUUUUAAAAAAAAAAGUCUCUAUAAGGAUACAUCCUUUAAUUAUUUGACAGUAAAUAACAUGACUUGUUAAUAAUUCAUUAUUACAAAUUCACACUUGUCAUUUCUGUUCAUGCUCUAUGUGAAUAAUAUGCUUUUUUUGAGCCAUUGUUGAAAAGAUGACAAUCAAAUUAUUCACACUAAGUUAUGCUUUUGUUCAAUUUCAAUUUGUUCUGGUUAGCUUGUUAGUUGUAUUCAUCCACAUUUUUUUCACUAUUGCUGUCAGGAAAUAUUUGAAUUGAGCUGUGAGCUUGACAACAACACAUUUUUCAUGUGCAAGAUGGAUGACUUUAAAUUCCUUGCUGAUAUGAUUGAGCAUGUUCCACUACCUCUCAGGGUCAGAUAUGUCUUCUGUUGUGCUCCUAUCUCCGUCAAGCAAGCAUUUUCUUGCACAAUGUUUUUACAGGUAAGAGUUCUCAGACUAUAAAAUAAAUCUCUUUUUUUAAAGCACAUCAGACACCAUGGAAGGCAGUUAAGCCUGUUUGUUAUCUGAAGUGUAAUUGAUGGUACAAAACAAAAUAAAUAUUAAUACUAUAUUGAUUGAUGUUUAUCAUUUUUGUGACUGUUAUAAAAAAAGUUACGAGCCAAAAAAGAAAUGAAGCUCACAUUAUUGGACCAUAUCUUGGAAGUGUGAGUAUCAUAAAUUAUUUUUUUAAAUUCCACCAAUUUUAACAACUUCAAUGUAUCUGGUUCAGUUUGCAAGGCGUUUUAGCAGAAAUGAACCCUUGACCUUGGACUGGCUGUGUCAAAGGAUUGGAUGGCCUUUGAAGCCAGCUGGAAAUUUAGCAGACCUCAUGCAUCUCGAGGCUGUUUUUGAUGUCUUAGAUCUUUACCUUUGGCUGAGGUAGGGAAACACAUUCAGAAUUUUGCUGGUUGUUAUGCUUGCACUCAUUGUCAUUUUAUAAAAAAUAAACCAUCUGAUGUUUCCUUCAUCUGUAGCUUAAGUGCAUUGAUCAGUCAAACUUUCCUGUCCAACCUUCAGAUUUAUUCAUUGUUUCCAUAUGAUCUACAAAUUGAAUUUAAUCAUCUCUAAACAUGUGAGUUGAUUCUCACUUCUAUACCACCCCAUAUAUUGACUAAAAAUUCAACAAUUCUGUAGAUUUACUUUAAUUCUUAAUAACUAAAGGGUGUGUAGAGGAGUUUCUAGUGUAGUAGCGUGGCAUUGUGAGUUUGAAUGCAGACAUGAACAAGUUUCUUUCAUUAUAGAUAGCACAGUGUUGAGAUGUUUUAGGGAAGUUGGUCAAUUCACAUAAACCAUUUAUUUUGUUUUUUUGCAUGGUCUUUUUGAUUAUUUAAAAUGAUUAAAAAAUGGCUCUGAAAUGGAGUUUUUAUUUUAAAAAGGAGAUUAUUGUAGAUGAUUGUACCUUAAGUAAUUCUUGAUUCAUACUUAAACAAUAUGCUGCUCUGUAUAUGGCAAAAAUCUCAAAAUUUCACAUAUACUCAUACUUCUCUUAAACAUUGUUUGACCAUACUAAAAAAGGCUCAAUUUAUGUCUCUAGUUAUAGGUUCCAGGACAUGUUUCCUGAUCCUGAUAUGGUCAGAGAACUCCAGACAGAGCUUGACCAAAUCAUUCAAGUCGGUGUAAAAAACAUUGUCCAACUUGUGAAGAAUCAGCAGUCAGGUAACCUUGACCUUGUUGAUGGUGAGGAUGAUUUUGUCAUUAAGACACGCAAUCAGAGAACACGGGCGAUUAAAAAACCUCUCGACUUUGAUUUGCAGCAGAUGCGGGAAAAGAAAAAAGAGGAAAUGUCAGCGCACCAGGUAAAAAAACUCAUAUUUUUUUAACACUCAUUUUAUAAUUAUUGAACGCGGAGUUGAAAAUUCAACACCUCCUCUGACUUGUUAAAUUGUAGAUAAGAAUGAGUUAAAGUAAGAUAUGACAAAAUGAUUUCAUUGUCACCACAUUAUAAUCUAUUUUCUGGAGAGUUUUUAGUUUGUGGCUCUCUUGAAAGGCUCAUGUGUGUCAAUGGCACAGCAUGAAGAGAUGAUAGGUGGAGACCAUAAUAAAUAGAAACUUGAAGUGUACAUAAUAAACAGAAACUUGUAGUGUACAUAAUAAAUAGAAACUUGUAGUGUACAUAAUAAAUAGAGACUUGUAGUGUACAUAAUAAUUAGAGUGAUUAAAUGUACAUAAUAAUUAGAGUGAUUAAGUGUAAAUAAUAAUUAGAGAGGUGCAGUGUACAUAAUAAAUAAUAAUUGUAGUGUAAAUAACAAAUAGAUACGGGCAUGAUAACUUGAUUCAGGAACUAGGGAAUUAAAUCCAGAUAAUGUCAGCAGGGUAAAGUCCUGCAUCGACCAUCCUCUUAUUUAAACACAACUAUUUAUUAGCCAUUUUAAAUCCCCAUGCUUUUAAAAUGUUCAUGCAAUAUCCUUAAAGUCUAGACAGCUUUAAACUGAGGUGUCCUUUACCCUUUAGGGAAUCAUCUAAAUUACUCAUUACUUCUAUGACAGCAAACAAACCUCCCCCACCGCCUACCCCACCCCGUUAUUUCGUAACAGACAACUUUUCAUCUCACAUAUUUGAAAGUCACAAGGUGGUUCGGACAGAAUUUCACUGGGUCUUUAAUAAGGAAAGACGGCACACGCUGGCUGUUAAAAAUACUUAAUUCGUGUCAUAUUUAGUGACACUCGCCUAAUUUACUUUCAGGUUUUGUUAUAGACUCUGAAUAGAUUUGUUUACUAUCAGUGAAAAGGAAAUUUGAAUCAUAGAUACCUGACCACACUAUCAUAUAAUUAUUGAUUCUUUCCUUUUAUCUCUUUGGAUCAAUUUAAGAAUUUAUGAUGCUUAGACCAGCAAAAGACUUUGUUUUUGAACUAGCCGUCAUUAGUGUUUGUUGUUGUUUUGUCCCCUCAGUUGGAGGCAAGUAAACUGUCCAAAAAGCUUGUGGAGAGGGGAGUUGUGUCCAGGGAAGUCCUCGAGAAAUUAAAGAGCGAAUGGCUGAAGGAGUUGGCAAGUAAAGAUUAUGAUGAUGGGGAAGUGGAUGAUGAGGGGAGAAGGAAGUGAAUGAUGGAGUUACUACAAGGAAGUGAUGGAUGGAGUCACAACAAGGAAGUGGUGUAUGGAGUUGUUACAAGAUCAUCAAAUCAUUUCAUACCCAGGGAUUUUGUCACUACAGACAGCUCCAGUCAUUUUGUCACUACAGAAAGCUCCAGUCAUUUUGUCACUAGAGACAGCUCCAGGGAUUCGUCAUUACAGAGAGCUCCAUUCAUUUUGUCCCUACAGACAGCUCCAGUCAUUUGUCGCUACAGACAGCUCCAGAGAUUUGUCACUACAGAGAGCUCCAUUCAUUUUGUCACUACAGACAGCUCCAUUCCUUUUGUCUCUACAGACAGCUCAAGUCAUUUUGCCACUACAGACACCUGCAGUUAUGAAUAGAUCAUUGAAAGUUCUUAAAUAAUUAUCUAGACUUAAGUAUCAGAUCAUCUCAUGUAGAAAAGUAUUGAGUAAUAUCAUGUUUUACGAAGGUAUGGCUAGCGUGUCGGCUGAUGUAGAUCUCUGUGAUUUUGUUGAAACUAAAGUGUACAUAGAAGAUAUUAGAGUGAAAGUUGUUGCUUGCCAUCUUGCAGAAUGAUUUUGUGCUGUGAAAACCUGGCAAUGACGAUUUCUUUAACAAAGAAUUUGUUAUCAAUGCCAUAUAUCAAAUAAAACCAUUCUU